GAGGAAACGAAGCCGCUGAUGUACACCAUCAUCAUAUCAGGGCCUGCCUUCUGCAUUUGGAAGGAGAGGUCCGGCAGCGUGGCCACCGACCCGGCCGGGGAGGAGAUGGUUGUGUCCGCUUUCCUGGAGCAGCUGCGGAACGCGUGCGUGAACCGCACGGAGGGCUGGUGGACCUACGAGUACUGCUUCCCCAAGGGGAUCACGCAGUUCCACGAGGACAAGGGCAAGCGAAACCCAGAGUACUCCCUGGGCCACCUCAGCAGCACCGCGGAGCACACGGUGGACAGGGUCAAUAUGAGCAUCGUGCGCCCCAAGCAGGCCCACUCCCGGACGACGCCGUCAGGGCACCGCAUCCUCCAGCAGCGGCUGGGUGGCGGCACGCGGUGCGACGAGACGCUGCGGCCGCGGGCCACCACAAUGUUUUUCCAGUGCCCGCUCAACUGGCAGUCGAGGCCCGAAACGCAGAUAGUCAGCAUCGUCGAGGCAUCCCUGUGCGAGUACGAGGUGGUGGUCGAGACGACGCUCGUCUGCGGCCACCACAGGCUCCUGCCCCACCAGCCGAAGGCGGAGCAGACCAUACAGUGCAACGCUCUGCCGGGCGAGCUCUGAGGCGGUCGCCAGCGCCAGGAGGGAGGUGAGGUGAUGGAAGGCGGGAGGAGUCCUCCUCCUCGAUCCUCCUCCUCCUCCUCCUCCUCCUCCUCCUCCUCCUCCUCCUCCUCCUCC